CUUCACAUGUGAGUAGUAUAUUUAGUUGACAUGCACUCCACGAUAUGACUGUUGGGGACUUCGACCGCUGACAAAACGUUACAGGUGACAGGUGAUCAAGAAACAGAGGUCUCUAGAAUAAGGCUCGGUGGAAACAGCCCAACGUGAGAUAAGAAUCUCCGGCAGACAUGCAUCAGCUGUGCUUAAACGCGGCUGUAGUCAUCCUGUGUCUUGCUCCGACGCCAGCCGCACAAGGUCAGCCAACGCCCCAUGAACUUGGUCUGCAAACAGAUCCUGGAGCAGCGGAACCAUUCAAAGGAAUAUCGAAGUGGAUAAAGGUUCUCCACGAUAAAGGAGUCGACUUUCGAACGCUGUUGAGGGACCCGUUCGGCGUACAAGGCAACCAUGACCCCUUCUCUGAACAUUGCCGUCACGCCAUCAUUUACGAUAAGUCAAUGAUAUGCAGAUUUCAAAGCAUGUACCCAUCCUGUCAGAUCAAGCAGAUAAGAACUUCAACCGACAUGGGCUUUGCUGCAGAGAUAUAUAAAUAUAGUGGUAUAUCUCAUAUCAGUUCCCGUUAUCACUCUUACCGUCCCCCAUUUAAGGACCCUAUUCCUGAAAUGAUACAAGAAUGUAAAAACCCUAGUAAAGCUGAUAAACCAUCAUGUCAGGUCAUAAUGCUCGUUGAGUUUCGCGAAAAAAUCCUGAAACAGAUUGUGAACUUUGGGAAAGCAAAGAGGCUACAAAUGUCCAAAUACACCACCCAAGCUUGGUACCGUCAUCCGAAGCUGAAACCUGUCUGUCGAUCCCGCCCUGAUGAAUUGGUGAAAUACGUGACAGAACUAUCCAAAAUCAAAACACUCAAAGACAAGAUUGUUCCACUCUUAGACACAAACGUGUGGCCUGUCAACAUAACUGCCCCCUUUAGAGCCGAGCUUGAUGCCGUGUGUAAAACUAACCCUGAUGACAAAUUUUGCAUGUACAAGAAGGUGUUCCUCUUGUCUGAGCCAAUACGAGAAGUGAAAAAAAUAGCUGACAAAUAUACAUGGGAAAGUGGGGUAGCGCAAGCAGCUAUUGCUGCCCUCUCCAUGCAGUUCAAAGACUUCAAGAAAAAUAGUCCAACUGAAUUUAAGGACAUUCCACCCUUGUCCGAAAAAGCACUAUAUGUGGAGAAUACUCGACACAUAUUUGCCGUUAUCCAGGAAAACAAUUUCGUUGGACUAAAUGCCCUGAUGUCCCUCUAUAGUAAGUUCGAGGCUGCCUAUUUCGGAGAAAAGAGUGUGAGUGGAACAACGGAACAGGUGCUCCUCUACAAUCUGCAUAAACUUGUGGAACAAGCUCGUCUCAUUGUUGACAGGCACCAGCAAACGCUAAAAACCAGAAAAGUUCUUACAACUGAAGUUGAUUUAAAGGUUCUGCUUCGCAGCACGGAGAUGAACAAGAUCCUCGAUUUUGUUAAAGGUCAAAAAUCUGAUUUGUUAAACAUCGCUAAUUAUCUCACUGCCAAAGUAGGUCAGAGCGUAGCCAGCCAAUUCGAGGGACUGAAAAAAUAUUUCACUAAAGUGGAGUCUUUCAAUAGGGAUAAAUCAAUGGCAGAUAUCAAGUACGUUAAGGGUAUGUUGGACACAUUCACAAAAUCCUCUAAAAAAUUGCAAGGGACUGUCAAUGAUAACAUAGACAAGAUCGUUAAGUAUGCUCUACAAACAGCACAGGCACAGGUCGGGGAGCAGGCAGCCAUGUUAGCACUGAGGAUAGCGGAGGCAUGUAACCCAAUGGACUGGCUUCUAAAUGGCGGGUCUGCCAGUGAAAUUAUGGAGACUGCAGCAAUUUUAGCAAACAGUAUUGCAGAUUUGGCUGUGGUAGAAAAACUGAAGUCAUCAGUAUCAAGUCUUAUCAAAGAAACAAAAGCCUUAUCAGUUGGUUUUGCUAAAAACAACGACUUUCUGAAAGUUAUCCGUCGGGUUAUCGAUAAUAUAGAUUCCCCCUAUUCCAGUUUUGAAGCAGAUAAAACAUUUUUCUUAAGCAAAUACGCGGAUUACCAGCCGGGAAUUACACGACCGCAGCUAGUAGGAGUUGAAGUAUUUUGGGGUGUCGUUGUUGACGAAGCCUGCACCAUCAUCGAGAAUUCGCAAGCAUCAGCUUCAGCACAUUUUAAGAGAAUGGUCGGGAAAAGCGGGAUAUGCUGGAAGACCAAAAUUGAAAUUGCAAAAAUGAUCGAGACCUUCUCCGAAAUAUACGACUUUCAGUUUGAUUUAGUAGCAGACAUGGCGUCUUAUAUGAGAGCCCAAACUGCAGUAAAUGCCGCACAGUCUAUGAAUGCCAACUUUGAUGCGAUCACCUCCAAGGCAGGGGCUGCAGAGGACAAGCUGAUGGUGAUGGAGCAAAUGUCCGCCAUUAUGGUCGUCACCCACAAGGUUCAGACGUGGGUCAUCGUAGAUCAGUAUUGCAAUAUCCUGGAGUACAAAAAUGGUGGACGGAGGCCGGCCGUAUGUAAAGGUGUGAAAUCCGCUGUCCCGGCUCUUCUUGCGCAUCCAGAAGCAGCCUGUGACAAUGAAGUUCGCUUGUAUGUCAAUAUCCCUACCGUUCCCUCAAAAAGCUCGGACAAAGCCUUCGUUAACAUUACGGAUUUAUAUGCUGGUAAUGAGAUCACAUUUAAGAUCGAGAAUCAGCAAUGGUUGAGGGAUAAUGGUUGGAUUGGGGUGAAUGAUAUUAUUAUUGCAUCAUAUGUUAAAGAUUUCGAAGUUUAUGCACCAACAAAAACGACGACUUACAGGCGUGUUAAAUCAUCAGUUAUUGGUUUGUUGAAUAACGAACUUAUUCCAGGCCAAACUGAAUAUGUCAUAGUCCCACAACAUCCAAUGGUAUUUGAGUACCAAGAAGGGCUAUUACUGCAUAACUGUCGCAAGGGGAAACUCCAGAACCCAUACACCACCUGCACGAAUGAUAAGAUCUCGUAUAUCUGCCCCCUAAGCAACGAUCUGACAACCUGCGAGGAACUCAAAACCAAAACGUUGCUGUUUCCUUCCAUUUUCUCCACCUGGAAGAUCCAGCUCCAUGGGUUUAAGUUCUCGCCUGUUCCUGACCCAGCAACCGAACUCCCCAUCAAAGUUGGAAUACUGAUGUGCACCAUGUACAACAGGACUGCCGAAAGGCAGAUAACUCGACGGGAUAUCCGAGACACGCCGUCCCAACAUUCACUGUCUGUACGAAGUGGCGACAGGGCUGGUUGCGCUAAAUCCUGCUGCCCCGCGAACCAGUACUUGUCCCAGAAGACCUUCACUUGCAAGCCAUGCCCAGCUGGGUCCGUCUCUGCGCUGGGCGGGUAUUAUUGCCAGAAGGCUCCUACUGAGUGAGUGAGGUUUCGAAGUAAGAUGGGGUGCUGUAAUAGCACGUGGACGUAUAGAAGAUAAUAAGGGAUUGACCAUUUUAUAUUUGGUGGGAUAUUUCUUUUAAUAGUUCUGGAAAAAAAUAUUUUUCUUCCGAUUUUAAAACAGGACAUACUGGGUGUCAGGAAAAACGCGUGCUAAACAAGAAAAGAUCUGCUCCUCCUUUUAGAGUAAAAUAAUAUGUCUUGGAGAAGUGGCCGAAAAUAUAUUGUUUUACCCCCAAAUAUAGGCCUUCAAUUUAUUAUUAUAUAAUCAAGAAAAUGUAUACAACCUUAUGCUGUUAUAUAAUCAAGAGAUUAGUCUUUUUCUAUUUAUAUAAUCAAGAAGAUAUAUACAGGAAUAUGCUAUUAUAAACUGUCCGGCAAAGUAUAUCUGAAAAAAGGAUUUAACCAAAUCAUUACGAACGUUAUCAAAACGUUACUAGACUGAACACAUUAGUUCUAAAACACAACUAUAAUACCCGUAUCAAAAACAUCACCCUCGACAAACCAUUUGUCGUUUGUUUCAUUUUAGCCACCAUCACUAAAAACUCUUUUGCCCGACUGUUUAUAAUCAAGAAGACGUAUUAAUAUGUAUACAUGCUUAUACCUAGCUAUUAUCAAAUUUCUACGUGAAAGCUUUUGUUUGCUUGUUUGUUUGUUUGUUUUUAUAUUUGUUGUUUUAUAUCCAUGUCAAUGGAUACAUCGUUGUAAUCACAGGGUGUAUUGCAUUCUAUAAUUACGCACCAUGGUUAAGAAAUAAUAGGACACAAUCAGUAAUACUAAAUCUUAAUGAUCAUCAUUUUUAAGAUACUUCUUAAAACCCAUUAAGCUUUCGCUAAAUAUGUCCCAAAGAUCAGAUACAUUUAUAUUGAAAGUCUAACAGUUAAACGUCUGUUGUACAUCUUCUGUAUUGUAUGAAUAUAAACAUGUUCAAGUUUAUCAUUCUAAAUUCCCCUUGUAAUUAAUACUUUAUUAAGUCUAUUUUUUAAAUUUUAUCCGGCUAAUCAUUCAAAAUGAAUUAAAAGAAUAUUCUGUCUACAGCCCCUGGAAUUUCUGAAGAAAAAAAAGAUACUUGUCCGUUUUGAAUAACACAUCCGAAGAAUAGCUGAUUAAAAUAUUUACCCAUUUAAUCAAGUAAGGAACAAAGCCAUAUAUUACUAGAACAGGAAGUAUAAAUGGUUUUUUGAUAGUACCAAAUGCUUUUUCAAAAUUAGUUAAGAUCAGCAUGUCAGGUUUGUCGAACAUCGUGCAAUAUCAUCUACCAGGAAUUAUUCCUGUCUGUUCUCUUUGUGAAACUUUAUGCCUAUGUAUAUCACGAUAAUGUGUGACAGCUUACACCUAAGUAUUAUUAUGUUUCUAUGUGAAGGUUUCUGCCUAUGUAUUAUCAAGAUGUGUGAAGGCUUAUAUAAUACAAACUUGUGGUAUUACAUUAUCAAGAUGUGUGAAGGCUUAUGCUUCCUUCUAAUCAAUGUAAUCUGUGAAGGUUUAUAUUAUACAAACUUGUGGUAUUUUACAAUCAAGAGACGAUCUUUUUUUCAUUCUGUAUGCAUUGUUGAAUAAAAGCUUUUCUCCGCACAA